AUGAACCUCGCCGCUAUGCCUCUUUCACUAGAGGUGAAGGGCAGUCUCGAGACACUGCCCUUCACCAUGGCGCUAACACAAGAAAGAGCUGUAUACAAAUUUUCUGACUUGACCGUGGUCGUUGGAGAAUCACCACAUUCGCAAUCACUCCAUAUUGGACUGCAACGUAGUCACCAAGGCGAUUCACAACAUCCUCACCAAAUGGGCCGGGGCGCAUACGACACCACAUACGUCUGUAAUGAAAGGGACUCGGCGGCGGCUGUAGCCAUUGCAAUGCACUCUGCUAAGGCGGCGGAGGCAGCCGCAAUCGCUGCCGUUAAGGCUGCUGAGGCUGCUGAAGCCAAGCUGGUUAGGAGUAAGAAAUCUCGUGGCAUUCUGGCCGCGCGAAAGGCCGCCAGGGAGCAAGCUGCCGCGCAAACGGAUACAUACGCGUCUGAGGGCGACUCUGACAGUACGGAGAAGCCCUGA